CACGGCCGAUACCUGACGGUGGCAGCCAUGUUCCGUGGCCGUAUGUCGAUGAAGGAAGUCGAUGAGCAGAUGCUUAACGUACAGAAUAAGAACUCCAGCUACUUUGUUGAGUGGAUCCCGAACAAUGUGAAGACCGCUGUUUGCGACAUCCCACCUCGUGGAUUAAAGAUGUCCGUCACUUUCGUGGGCAACAGCACCGCAAUUCAGGAGCUCUUCAAACGAGUGAGCGAACAGUUCACCGCCAUGUUCCGAAGGAAGGCCUUCCUUCACUGGUAUACUGGCGAAGGCAUGGAUGAAAUGGAGUUCACUGAAGCCGAGUCCAACAUGAAUGAUCUGGUGAGUGAGUACCAACAAUACCAGGACGCGACGGCCGAGGAGGAGGGUGAAUUUGAGGAAGAAGAGGAAGGCGAGCAGGGCUAA